AAACUUGAAGUUCAUAUCCGAAAAUUUGAGAACCUGCCCGAAGGGUCAGAGUUUGGAGAUGAGAAGUAUCACACAGCACUCACCGAAUCAUUGAUGUCCCAAGAUGAAGACGAGGUCAACGCGCAUGGACAGAAGACCAGACAUUUUGUUUCCCAUGCUGGAACAUAUCGGAGUGAUAUUAUGGUGAAAUUCUUGGCUGCAGUGGAUGAGGCGCUAGACCCAAACCAACCUCCUCACUUCACCAUUCGUGUUAAAGGCGAUCCGAAAGAGCUUCCUGUCUUGGCCGCCAAGAAAAUCGAAAAUCGAGCGCAUCAAUGGAUGAUAUCAGCAGAGUGGCUCGCACAAGAAGAAAACAAGAAGUAUGACUCACCUAGUUACAUCCUGGAUAAUGGGCGUGCAUGGGGAGAUCUGAAGGAUCCUGAGGAGACGAUGGCAGGCCAGAAGUGA